AAAGGGUCGAAUCCCCCCUCGCGGGAUUAAAUAGUUAUCUGAUGUUAAGCCUCCAGAGUCAACAUGUAGAACGACUGAGACUCGGUUGCUGUGCUCUUAUGUGGAUUCCCCCUAUAAAUGAGGUCUUCCGCCUCUACCUCUCCGUUUUCAUUUAUUGCACUGCAUGGGAGAGGCAUACAUGAAGCAGAGAAGAUAAUUACCGUGGAAGACAGUGUUAAUGGAUCCUACCAUUAAAACCUAAACAUUUUAAUCAAUUGAAUAUUUAACUUUUGCAGCUGCGGACAUGGUUUGGACAUUCUUUACAUAAACAUGUAGAAGAUAUAGAGGGAAUACUACCUCAUCCAAAAUGUUGCCCGCAGUCAAUAUGUGAACUAACUGUUAGACAAUCAAAGUUUCUUGGAAAUUUGAAGGCAUAUGGAAUUAUACCUGAAAACUGCAAGCUAGAGAGAAUGGAGUCAUUAAAAGAAAAUCUGUCUCAGGUAAAGCAGAGUCUAAUGGAGCUUGAAAACUUGUAUAAAGAUGGCAAAGAUCAACAUGAUGCUACAGUGAAAGCCACAGAGGAAACAAUAUGUCUUGCUUUGAAUAUCCCAAGGGAAAACUGGAUCAACACUGGUCAACCUCUGAAAGUUAUCGUAGAAAGCUUACAAAGACAGCUGGACAUUUUACAGAGUCCAUCAUAUUCCUGUGAAGUGAUUUCAGACAAGGACGUUAUGAAGAAUGCAUCUGGAGGACUGGCUUUAGAAGGGAUUUACAAAACCAGCAAUCUGGAGGACUUGCUGGAGAAACGAGAGCAGCUCAUUGCGAUUCCAGAGUCCCUUUCACUUACCAGUCCAAAACAAGAUUCCAUGUAUGAACAGAAAGAAUUUUCAUCUUACAAAUCCCAGUCAGUACACGAGAAAGUCAUUCAAAAACUAGGCUUCAGCUUGAGCACCUCAUUGAAAAUUGGAUAUGGGAGCUUUAGCCUUGGCUCUGCAGUAGAUGGAAAUAAAUUGAGUGAGAAAGAGGACACACAUACAAAUUCACAUGAAGAGUCAUACAUCUUACAAACAAAGCACAACUACAUCCCAUUGGCUUGCUGCUUUAUUGAGAAAGAGAUGCUUUUGUUAUCUGAUGGAGCCAUCAAUGCCCUUAAAGAAAUUGAAAUGCUCAUUUUACAUUCUAACAAAAGCAAAACAAUAAGAAACAAAGUUAAGGAUUUUUAUGAGAGAUUUGGCUCCCAUGUGAACCAGGGCCCUAUACACUUUGGAGGGAUUUUCCAGUGGAGAGCUUGUGCUGCAGGCUUCAGUAGCAGUGAUCUGUCAGAAAUGAAGAAGUUGACAUCUGAUGCUCUGAAUGCUUACAUUGGUGCUGGAUAUAGUGGGUCUUUUCAAAAUUUCUCAGGAACAGGAACAACUUCUGCUUCACAGCUUACGGGAUCUUUUACCGGGAAACACAAAGAAACCCUGAUCAGUCAGGUGCAGCUCUCAUUCAGUAAAACUGGUGGUCCUGCUGAGGUUGAUAAUCACUUACAGUGGAAAUGCCAUCUUGCCACUAAUAAUAAAACCUGGAGUGUUAUUGAUCGAGGAACAACACUGAUUCCUGUAUGGGAAAUACUCACAGCUACUCAUGAAGAUGACUUCACAGAUGCUUUCAAUUUAAGCAGAAUAUUAAUGGAAACAUACACAGAUAUCACUAAGCUAAAUGUGGAACAAGUAUUGGAAGAAGAUCUUUGUGAGGUAAAAAAAGCAAAAAUUCUUAUUCAAUCAGUAAAGAAUUGGUCUGCCUCAGAAUGCGAAUCUCACUUGACAACAUUACUAAAAUUAAAAACCAGGCUUCUUCAGAAAACAGGAUCCCACAACACCUGGAUUCUAGUAUGUCUCUCUGAUCAGAUUCUUCAGAACUAUCUGUUGGAAGUGACUACAGUAAACAAAAGUUCAAAAUUCCUUACUAUUUUGAUGCAAAAUCUGCUGGAACCUGAUAUUUGUAAGGUAGAAAACUUCCCAAACAGAAGUAAAAUCAUGAAUUGGAUCUACCAAAAGGAGGAUGACAAAGACAUUUCUGUUUCUGAGUUCUCAGAGUUGUACAAAAGAUUGCAGCAUGCCAAAAAAGAACUGGAAGACAGCAGAUAUGCAUUAAGUUGUGUUGAAGAGGAUUUCAGUGCCAAGAAAAAUGCUACUAUCACGGCAACCCUUUCACUGAAUUCAUGGUGCAAAACACUGAGAGAAAAUGAUCAGAAGGAAACAGAACUAUUGAUAGUAUCCAUAGCCACAGUCUUAGGAUACAACACUGAAGUCAAAACAUUUGAUCAUGUUCUGGAUUUAAAUGAAAUCGAUUUCUUGCUGACUAAACUGCAGUAUGCAUUUAGCAGGUACUCCUGUCUGAAAGAACAGUGUGCCACCAGGGCUCAGGCCUACCUGUUCCUGACAGCUUUGACUCUGUCCACUGACGAGGACAUACAGAUCUCCAACAAAGAGAAAAGAAAAAGAUUACAGCUCAUACAGACACAACUAAAAGACAACAUUUCCUUUGCCAUUAAAUCAGCAAUUGAAAACAGCCAAGAUAACUGGCAGUUGCUUGAGAAAGCACUAUACUCCAUCAAAAUGGGUACCCAUAAUAGUGAUGAACAUCCAGUGUUAGAGGAGUCUGUUUUCCACCUGGAGAACGUGCUGCGAAAGCAACUACCAUCUGUAUCAGAGAUUGAGCCUACAGAUGAGCUGAACACAUCUGGAAAUAACACUGCAGGUGUAAAAAUGGACAGCUUUAUGCAUUUGCUUGAAAAGUUGGGCCUAAGUGGCUCUUAUCCCAAAAAGAUUACGAAAAAGGAUGUUCUUGUUAUAAACAGUUUAUCUCUGAGUAUAAAUGAGCCUACAACAGAGAAAGAAUUGAGCAACCUUUAUCUCUAUAAGCUCAUGAUUUUAGACUACCAAGCCAGAUAUCUUUGUGUAAAACCUGAGGCAGGUAGCAUGUCUUUAAAUGAUGGUGGAGUGACUGCGGAGGAUGAUGAAGAUUGUUUUGAUGUUGGCGACAAAUCCAUCCAGAGUGUGAGCGUCAAAAAGGAACAAAUUCAUCCAAUGGAUAUUCAUAUGGCCAUUUUCCACUGCUCAAAUGACUUUUUGCGACAGUAUAUUUUUACUAAACUCUCUGCUUCUCAGUUUGGCCUGCCAAUUUUAGUACCCAGUCCCUGUACAGAAGAGGUUGAAUUUCCCCUCUGGGCAUUGCGGCACAUCACUAGAUCAUGGCAAAGUAAAAAUGGAUCGACAUCUGGAAAGUAUAAUAACAGGCAAAUGUUCAAUACUCCAGUGCCAAUUGUUUCCUUCAUCAGAUUAGGAUCAUCAAAUUACAACUCUAAAUCCCAGAUAUUGAAUGGUGUCAUUAGCAAACAGAGGCACAGUGUUUUUUUCCAUCGUCAUUGCAGGGGCAGCACUUCAAACAGCUUGCUCAUGAAUGGAGUCGUGGAGAUUGCAUGGUACUGUCCUGGAGGGAAGGGAGAUGACAUAUUCGAUGACUGUGUGGCCUUUCUAAACCUUCAUGGUGAUGCAGCAGAGCAUCCAAAACAACUAGAGUUUCUUCAGGCAGUGAGUACUGUCAAUGUGCUUCUGCUUUCAGAGCAUGCUAUGAGUGAAGCUGCAAAAAAGAUUUCCCAGGAACUUUGCAAGUCUCCUGUCCCCUUGAUCUGUCUCUUCUCAGGGAAAGAACACAUUCAGCAGUCAACAAAUCCUAGAACGGUGAGAAUAGCUGCAAAGAACAGGAAUCAAGCUGAGUUAACAGAUGAACUGACUUCACAAAUCAAACAGUGCAUCUGUUUAAAUAAACAGACUACAAGCCUUGAAGGCUGCAGUACAGCAGCAAGAAAACUACAGUUCAAAGUCGAUGAAGAUAAUAAAUCAUGUCAGGAUGCUUAUUCACAAGCUACGAAGUUAACCUGCCUUUUGAAGAAGGGAAAUGUGCCUACUCUCAAGGAGAGGUUUUUGCCUUUGCAAGGUGAACUGUGGCGUGAUUGGUGCAUAAAAGACAAAGAGCAGUAUCGCCUGCGAGUCAAAGAAAGGGAAAGCCUUGAACAGCAGUUGAGUAGAAUAUCAGCUGAGAUGACACAUAUCCGUUUGAGACAACUGAAAACUCCUCUCAAUGAAUUCAUGAGAUUGUUCUUGGAAUGCUUAACAUCAUCAGUUAAUCAUAAAGACACAAUUUUGUACAGGUUGCAGUGGCUCAGCAUCCUCCUGGAUGACAUUAGCAUGGAAGCACUUGCAGAACUUGAAGAGGACUAUCUCUCAACCUGGAGAAAAAUGAGAGAAGUACAAAAGGAUAAGGAAAAAGCAACACAUGUACAUCAAAUGCAAUCAGAACUCAGCAGCAUAUGUGACAAAAUGGUCACUACAACAGUUGGCCUUCAGCAUCUAAUGAGAGAGGUUGGCCAACUCUAUGAGGCCAAUCAAAUGACAGCAAAAGGAAAAGAAAACACUAAACAAUAUUCCAGCUCUCUUCCAGAUAUAGGAGUUAAAAUGCUUCUUUCUGGAUAUCCACUUGAACUAAUGGAUGGAGACACUGCCCAUGUGCCUGUUAAGUGGAUUGAGGCUGUUCUGGAAAAACUCACUGAAACAUGUGGUGACAGAAAGUUAUUUGUUCUGUCCAUGCUAGGGCUUCAAAGUUCUGGGAAAUCCACACUGCUGAACACCAUGUUUGGUGUUCAGUUUUCUGUGAGCGCAGGAAGGUGCACCCGUGGAGCCUUCAUGCAGCUCAUACCGGUGGACUCCAGCAUCAGAAAUCAACUGGGAUAUGACUUUGUCCUCAUUGUGGACACAGAGGGUCUCCGAUCACCAGAGCUCAGUACAAAGAUAUCAGUGAACCAUGACAAUGAGCUUGCCACUUUCAUCAUUGGAAUUGGUGACAUAACUGUAAUUAACAUUAUGGGGGAAAACCCAUCCGAAAUGCAGGACAUUCUUCAGAAUUGUGUGCAGGCUUUUCUGGGGAUGAAACAGGUCAAAAUUACACCAAGUUGCAUUUUUGUACAUCAGAAUGUUGCCGAUGCAUCGGCAGGACAAAAGAACAUAGAAGAGAGAAGACGUCUCCUGCAGAAACUUGAUAAUAUGGCUACCAUAGCAGCAAAGGAAGAGAACAUUGAUAGCAUUAAUGAAUUCAGUGAUGUAAUACAGUUUGACAUUGAAUCCCAAGUGUUCUACUUCAAGAAUCUUCUGGAGGGGGAUCCUCCCAUGGCCCCACCAAACCCUUCCUACAGUCAGAAUGUGCAAGAGCUGAAGACCAAGCUGCUAACAAUUGCAGAGUGGAAAACAGAGCAUAAAUUUUCCUCAUUUUCAGAAUUCAAAUUACGGGUUGGUGACGUUUGGAGAGCACUUUUACAGGAGAACUUUGUUUUCAGUUUUAGAAACACAGUUGAAAUGAUGGUGUACACUUCUCUAGAAGAAAAGUAUGCAGCAUGGUCAUGGGAGCUGAGAAAAUAUGCUCUGGAGAUGCAGAGCAAACUUUUCAACCAAAUUGGCAGCAACUUGAUUCAGGAUGUGAAUGUACUAGAACUGAUGGAGCAUUUUGACAAUCAAGUCUAUAAUCAACUGCAGCAGGACAUAGAAAAGUAUUUCACAGAAGACGAACAUAGAGAAACUCUAAUAACAUGGAGGGCGAAAAUUGACAAACGUUUCAGCAACCUAAGAACUGAGCUCAUUGAUGGGACAGUAAAGAAAUGCAAAGAACUGGUUACCUUCAAGAAAAACAUAUCAGCACUAGACCAGAAAAAAACUGAAUAUACAGCACUGUUAACCAAGCAGAGCAAAACCAUAGCAUCCAAUCUAAAAACACAACGCCUUGAUGACAUGCAGGUGACAAAAGAAUUUGACAAACUCUGGAUGAACUGGACAGCUGAUGUAGACAAAGCAUACACCCCCAAUGAGUGUGUGAAUGUAAAAGCUGUAGUGGAGGUAAUCCUCCAAAAAUACUUUGAAAAACAGCCAGAUGUCUUUCAGAAAAUAAAAGGUGAAACAGGGAUGUUUGAGUUUGACAAGAAAAAACAUGUUUCUCAAAAUAUUAUUCAGAAGAUAACACAAUGGAGGCAGGAUUUCUCUAAUCAAGUUCAAAAAGAAGUGAAUCAUGCUGUCACAAAAUAUGUCACUGCAAAAGAAAAGAGCAAGGAAGAUUUUAAUGAAAGCUUCAUCUAUGAGAUAUUAAAAACUAUUGAGAUGACCAUUGCUGAAUUUGAGCACUCCACAGGCAAUCUUAAGUUCACAAAUGAAUUCAAGGCAGACCUGUCCAUUCAUAUUUGCAUGAAAUAUGUUUCAAGGUUUCAGAGGAUGCAGGAAACCUUUAACACACCAAACCAUCCACUGACAUAUCUACAAAGCCAAAGAGGCAACUACCUCCAAGCAUUCAGAAACUAUUGCAAAGGAGCACAUUCUGUAACAAUAUUUGUUGAUUUUCUCUGUAAACACAUCAAGCCAGGAGUUCUGGUUGCAGUGAAUGAUAAAACCAGUCAGCACAUUGCAAGUAAAAUUAAAUCCAACAAUCCAGCGUUCAACAGCAAUAGAUCAAAUCUUGAGAAUCACAUACUGAAACAUCUAGCAACUGUGGAGGACUUCAGCGCAUUUGCUGAAUACAUUGACUUCCCAAAGAAAUAUUUUGAAAGUUUUAUCCAAGAAAAGACCAAUAACUUUUGCAGUGAUACUGGAAAACUGCGUAUGAUGCACGAGGAAAAUCUUGGAACCUUCAACAAUCUGAUUUUAUUAGCAAGCAUAGAAGCAACCAGAGAAGUGGAAGAUAAGAAAGGAAAUGCAUCCAUGUGGCUUGACUGCUUCUGUAAAACAUUGGGGGAGCACAUGGUAAUAAACAGAAAUGAUUUGCAUACCAUUGAAAAUGAAGACAUUGAAGACUGGCAGUUUUUCAAAGAUGUGAUGGCCAAGUCUCUUGAUGAAAUUCUGAAGGAUGAAAAGGCAAUUGACAUGGGAACUUUGAGAAAGAAACCAACUGAAUACCUCUUCAACCAGCUGCAGGGGUGCUGGGAACAGUGUCCUUUCUGCAAAGCCAUCUGCACAAACACCAUCCCUAACCAUGAUGGAGAACACAGUGUAACGUUCCAUCGUUGUGAUGCACUUGCUGGCUGGCACUACGAGGGCACAGAUCAUUUUUCAAUCAAUUUCUGCGCCACAGAUGUCAGCAGUGAUGAAAAAUUAUUUCCUCGUUGUAAUGAGAAUGAGAGUAUCCCCUACAAGACCUACAGAAAAGCUGGAGACCAUAAAUGGAACAUUACUCCAGAUGGCAGUGUGCAGCGCUACUGGAAAUGGUUCAUCUGUAAUUUUCAGGAACAAUUGGAGAAUAAAUAUAAAUAUAAAUUUGUGGGUAGAGGUGCAAUCCCAAAUGAAUGGAAAACAUUCACAAAAGCAUCUGUUUUGGCAGAGUUAAUAUAAUUGAGGAUGAGCACACAUGCACCCAGCUUGCAUAACGUCAUUUAGUCUGCCAUUGAAAUUGAACUACAUGUUAUGCAGUGGAGUUACUUAAGUGGAUGUUUUUAUAUACUGCAGAACAAUCUGCUAAUCUAACUGUUUUACUGGAGGUGAAAGGAGUAUGAAAAGUCCUGCUAAAAUGAGGUCCUGAACAUUUUGACUGUUUUUUUGUGCAUACAAUUAGAUAAAUCUGAGAGAAAAAAACAAAAACUUUAUUUUGGACAUAAUAUAACACUUCUUUCUUCAAAUUUUAGAGUGAAUUUUUACAAAAUCACCAAUACCACAGACAGAACAGUAAUCAGACAGCUAGCCUAGCAUGGAUAGCAGCAGAUACAAAAAACAAGGAAAGUGAGAGUUUUCAGGACAAAAAAGGUCAGACAGGGAGAGAAUUUCUGAAGGGACUAAAAACAAAAAUUGAGGAUAUUCAUCAACAAAAAAGAGGGCAGAGAUUGAAUAGGGUGGAGAAGCUUCUGUGGUUGGGACGAGUGCAAACCAAUCACCCGGAUGGCAGGAAGUGCAAGUCGCCUGUUGUCCUGUUGGCUGCAGUGUAGGACUUUGAACCUGACCCUGGUAGAAACCACAGACAACCACAGAAAGCAGACAACAGAACCACAGAAAACAGACAUUUGACUAUUUUGAGAAUGACUCAGAAAUGAUGUCGGGAAAUGAGGCUGCCCUCAUAGUCUCUGAAAAUGCCUUUCACUCCCUCAAAGGACAAGCAAAAUGUGAGAGAGCAGAACACAGCGGUCUGACUAAUGAGCCUUGCAAAACAGACCAAGCCUCACCGCCACUACAGAGGACAGAGCCCCACACUCUGACACCCCUCACCCAAACCCACAGGUCCACACCAAGGUGGCUCAGAUGAGGAAGGGGAGCUAGUGGGGCUAAGAGAACAAGGGCAAAUUAGGCAGAAAUCAGACCUGAUCCCCAAAGAACAAGUGGGGGGUUUCUUUCCCAAGUGAUUAUUGCUGCUUGCUUUCCAAACAUCAUCAUAUCAUCAUCUUUCUGCAGAACAUUAAUCAACUAGUUUCAUUUUUAAAAAUAAAAAAAUAAUGUGAUCACAUCAAGAAAAAAUGAUUCAUUCAGGAGAAAGUAAUCAUAUUUUGAAACAUGGAACAUCUUCAAUGUCCAUUGUGCAUGUAUAUGUUAAUUAUUUUUUAAAUCUUUAAAUCUUUAUUUGAUGAAUAUAAAACAUUUUAUCAAAAUGUGACAGCCCUACCAUAGGUCAUUCUAUUUAUUUUUUUACGUUUAAUUAACAAAGUGUAUUUUUCUUUUCAAUAUAUAUCAAAGUGUGGUUUACUUAUAGAUUUGUUGAGUUUUCUAUAUUAAUGAACGUAAUUGUAUAUUAAUUAGAACCUGUUUUACAUUAUGACAUAACCAUAUAUAACCAGAAAACAUGCAAAGGAACCUCCCUAUCAAAGACAUUAGGGAUGAAUAAAUGCUUGCAAAGAUGAACAAGAUUCAUAGAUGAUUGGGAAAAUCACGAAAUAACGAAAAUGUCUUAUGUUUUACUUUUUAUUAUUUUUAAGUAUUCAGUAGUUUGACUUGUAUUAUCCAUACAGGGUUUUAUGUAAUUUUAGAUACCUUUAUUGAACUGUCAAAGUGUUCAUAGAAAAUGUAUGUCUUAUGAAUUACAAUUAAAUUAAAUGAUAUUCCAACUU